CGCUAUUUUCCCUCCAUCCUUGAAAAUAGCAAACUACUUUGCCUGCCAUUGCCAGCAGUUUUUUGCAUUAGCUCUUAUUUUUAUUACAAAAACUAAAAUCUAAUCUUUUUAUAAUACCAAUGGCAAAAGAACAGCAAAAGCAGCAUCCCUGGGGAAUCACCAACUCUUUUCAAAAUCAGGGUAAAGGUGAAGAAAAACAAUUGGAAGUGGAGAACGAGGAAACUGAGGCCCCCUUGCCUCUGAGCGUUACUUCCAAGGUUUUGUACAUGUUGGGAGACAUCACAGCAGGGCCUGCGUUUAUGUUCACGCAAUGGCUCCAAUUAGUUCGUAAACGCACUUCUAAUUAUCGCUCUUCUGGCUUCCCUCACCGUCCUUCCACCAUGCCUUCUAGCCCGGGAGAAUCUACCGAGGAUGCAAAAAUUGAUCACCAAACAGAAAUUAGUUUGUGGGAGAGGCUUGGCAAAGCUGAAAUGUUGGACAUUGAAUCAAGCUCCUUUUCUUGGGAUAGGCUCUCUUCACUCCACCAUACUGAGCACACAAGCAGCAAUGAACACUCUGAGGAUGAAAUGAACAGAGCUCUUGAGGUAACAGUAAAUUCGGGAGGAGUAGUCUUCUUUGCCUUAUUCAAUGGCCUUGGGAGUGAUGAUAUUUUUGGAAAAGAAGUGGCAGCUGUUAUAAAGAUAUCAUCUUCCAGAAUGGCAACACAAUCCGAACGCCUUGGUUAUGAAUUUGCCAAGUGGUUGGGAGUCCAAACUCCACAGGCUAGAGUCAUUCACAAUACCAGUUUAGAGUGGCUCCAAAUAAAAGAGGCUACAGAAAAAGCAAGAGAUGCAGCAAGUUCUGCGGGUGAUGAAAUUAGUGAAAUGACAUGCACAGAACUUUUGGAAGCACUUGAGCUUAGCCGAUGUCUAUUGUUUAUGAGUUAUGUACAUGGUUCACCCAUGCUUGAAAGCUCAGGUGCAUUUGAAUCACAGGAAUAUGCUGAAAGAACAUCAGCAGCCCUUGGCAGGGUAAUGAUGCUAGACCUUGUCAUCAGAAAUGAAGAUAGGCUCCCUUGCCGUCAACUUAGAUGGCGUGGGAACUCUGCAAACUUGUUAUUGGCUGAAAAGAUGAUAUCUACAAGUACAGAUAUAAUAGGAGAAACUUUUGAUUCUGCAGCAGUCCGAUAUGGACCAAGGGUGAGUAGGGCGCUUCAUAAAGAAAGAAGGUCAAUUUCAGUAGAUAGCAGAUUGAAUUCUCAUAAUCAUAAUCCUGGAUUGGUAUCACAAGGCUCUGGUCUUUCAGACAUCACAGAAUCAUCAAUACCCGCAGACAUGAGCCUUAAAAGUCAAACAUCAGGAGAAUCAAUGUUUUCUGACUUUAGCAUUGUUGCUAUUGAUUCUGGGGUUCCCCGCCGACCACCUGCUGGAAAACGUGCAGAUGACCAGGUUAAUUAUCCUAAGUUGGUUGAGUUACUACUCAAUAGCUCAGAGUUUUCCUCUAACCUGUUACAUGAGAUAACUGGAGGGAGAUUAGGACAUCCUCCCCCAGAAGACACAAAUGCAACAACUGAUGUUCAUGCGGGUGAUGUAGCCUCAGUAGUCCAUGAGUUCCGUACUGGUUUUCGUGCUGCUCUUAGGGAUCUGCAGGGAUUCCAUAUAUUCCUACUCACACUUCACCAAAAACUUGAUAACUUGUUAAGAUCAUUUAUGACUACUAUAAGCAGAGUACCAUCAGGGGAGUCUGAAAAAGAGGAUGCAGUGGUUCCUGAUUCACCUUCACUAGCUACUGCUGGCAAUUUUUCCUCUCCAACAAGUAAGGAGAGGUUUUCCAAUGACAUCCAUCAAGAUUUUAGUGAUUCAGAAUCACAGAGAACUGCUCCAAGGGCAUCAUCAUCUUCUGGUAAUAGAGAUUACUGCGACUCUGCUUCUUCUCUGCCAAGAGAAUGUUGGCAUGGAAAGCACUCUAAAGGAAGUGGGGAGUCACUUCGUGGUCUCCGCUUGACAACUAAGCUCCGUGACUUCCAUAAAUUUGCCAAGGUUGACUCUGAAUCUAAUAAAGAAUUGGAACAGUGGAAUGAACUGCUUAAAAACGAUGCUGUCAAGUUGUGCCAGGAGAAUAAUUUCAAUACAGGAUUUUUUGAGGGUAGUGAUAACAACACUGUUGUUGAUGCAUAUGAGUUGAAGGUCAGGCUUGAGCAUAUCCUUGAGAGGAUUGCAUUGAUAUCCGAGGCUGCAAAUACAGAGAGGCCAUCAACUGUUACAAAUAGUCUGUUCAUUGGUGGUGCACUGGCUGCAAGAUCUACAUACACACUGCAACACUUAGGAAUCACUCAUAUUAUGUGCUUGUGUACAAAUGAAAUUGGUCAGUCAAGUUCUCAGUUUCCUGAUCUAUUCACAUACAAAAAUUUCUCUGUGUGUGACAAUGAAGAUUCUAACAUCAGCAGCAUAUUUGAAGAGGCUUGUGAUUUUAUAGACUAUGUUGAGCAAACUGGUCUGAGAGUUUUAGUUCAUUGCUUUGAAGGGAAAAGCAGAAGUGUCACUUUGGUCCUUGCAUACUUAAUGCUGAGGAAGAAGUUCACUUUGUUAGAAGCAUGGAAUGCUCUGAAACGAGUUCAUCGUCGAUCACAGCCCAAUGAUGGUUUUGCAAAGAUCUUACUGGAACUGGAUCAGAAACUGCAUGGGAAGGUUUCAAUGGAGUGGCAGCAGCGGAAACCAAUGAUGAAAAUUUGCCCUAUUUGUGGCAAGAAUGCUGGACUAAGCAGUAGCUCACUGAAGCUCCAUCUUCAGAAAUCUCAUAAAAAGCUAUCCUCAGGGAGUGUAGAUAGUGCCAUGACAAUGGAGAUCCAAAAGGCAUUAACAGCUUUGAAGAUUAGCCGUGGUGGGAGUGUUAGCCCCUCCCAAAGGCAGUCGCAUUCAAUGAUAGAUCAAUAGAUUACUCUUCCAAAUACAACGAAUGGUCAUUCAUCAUUUUAUUUUCAUGUUAGGAGUUGAGUGUGGCUAGAUUUUAGCAACACAAGCAGCUAAGUGCCUGUUUGUAUAGGCAAGUUAACUCCGUUUUUUCAUAAUUGAGAAUUUCACUGCUCACAAAACCUGCAUUGUAAUUCAUAUAAACGGAGUUUUCAAUCUAUACAAACAGGCUGUAAGCUUUUUUUUUGUUUUUCUUUUAAAAGUGCAAGUAAAAUAGGGAUU